AUGUUCGCUGUUGUGCCUGGUGGCCAGCCUCAUCAUGAACACCAAUCAGCCCCCUGGAUCGCAGAGAAGAUGGGACAAUGUACAGGACAGAGAAAGGAGUCCUCAGAUAGACCUGUGUGGGAGAUCAGCUCUGACUGUGUUCAGUCUGGAUCUGCUCUGAGGGAGUGUGCAGAAUCAGAUUCCUCUUCCUCCAUCCUGGAUCUCACCUGCUCAGACUCUGUCAGGCUGCUGGACGGGACUAGUCUGUGCUCAGGCAGACUGGAGGUGAAGUCUAACCAGUCUAACCAGUCUAACCAGUGGUGGUCCUCAGUGUGUGAAGCUGACUUUGACCAGCAGGAUGCAGAGGUGGUCUGUAGGGAGCUCGGCUGUGGGGCUCCUUCAGUCCUCCAGGGGGCGCUCUAUGGAGAAGUGGAGGCUCCGAUGUGGACCAAAGAGUUCCAGUGUGGAGGCCAUGAGUCUGCUCUCCUGGACUGUAGAAGCUCAGGCUCAGCUAGAAACACCUGCUCACCUGGAAAAGCUGUUGGACUCACCUGCUCAGAGCCUGUCAGGUUGGUGGGAGGAGCCAGUCGCUGUGCAGGAACACUGGAGCUGAAACAGGGAGACUGGAGACCAGGGAGUGACUAUUACAAGACCCUGAAGACAGCAGCUGUUGUCUGUAGAGAGCUGGACUGUGGCUCUGCUGUUUCUGUAGGAGAGAGAGAGGAGUCCUCAGUCAGACCUGUGUGGGGGAUCAGGUCUAACUGUGUUCAGUCUGGAUCUGCUCUGAGGGACUGUGUAACAUCAGGUUCCUCUUCCUCCAUCCUGAAUCUCACCUGCUCAGACUCUGUCAGGCUGCUGGACGGGACUNNNNUGUGCUCAGGCAGACUGGAGGUGAAGUCUAACCAGUCUAACCAGUCUAACCAGAGGUGGUCCUCAGUGUGUGAAGCUGACUUUGACCAGCAGGAUGCAGAGGUGGUCUGUAGGGAGCUCGGCUGUGGGGCUCCUUCAGUCCUCCAGGGGGCGCUCUAUGGAGAAGUGGAGGCUCCGAUGUGGACCAAAGAGUUCCAGUGUGGAGGCCAUGAGUCUGCUCUCCUGGACUGUAGAAGCUCAGGCUCAGCUAGAAACACCUGCUCACCUGGAAAAGCUGUUGGACUCACCUGCUCAGAGCCUGAUGAUGUCAGGUUGGUGGGAGGAGCCAGUCGCUGUGCAGGAACACUGGAGCUGAAACAGGGAGACCGGAGACCAGUGAGUGUCACUGUCUGGACCAUGAAGAAAGCAGCUGUUGUCUGUAGAGAGCUGGACUGUGGCUCUGCUGUUUCUGUAGGACAGAGAAAGUCCUCAGACAGACCUGUGUGGAGGAUCUGGUCUAACUGUGUUCAGUCUGGAUCUGCUCUGAGGGAGUGUGCAUCAUCAUCUUCUUCUUCCUCCAUCCUGGAUCUCACCUGCUCAGACUCUGUCAGGUUGCUGGACGGGACUAGUCUGUGCUCAGGCAGACUGGAGGUGAAGUCUAACCAGUCCAACCAGUGGUGGUCCUCAGUGUGUGAAGCUGACUUUGACCAGCAGGAUGCAGAGGUGGUCUGUAGGGAGCUCGGCUGUGGGGCUCCUUCAGUCCUCCAGGGGGCGCUCUAUGGAGAAGUGGAGGCUCCGAUGUGGACCAAAGAGUUCCAGUGUGGAGGCCAUGAGUCUGCUCUCCUGGACUGUAGAAGCUCAGGCUCAGCUAGAAACACCUGCUCACCUGGAAAAGCUGUUGGACUCACCUGCUCAGAGCCUGAUGAUGUCAGGUUGGUGGGAGGAGCCAGUCGCUGUGCAGGAACACUGGAGGUGAAACAUCAGGGAGUCCUCCAGGGGGCGCUCUAUGGAGAAGUGGAGGCUCCGAUGUGGACCAAAGAGUUCCAGUGUGGAGGCCAUGAGUCUGCUCUCCUGGACUGUAGAAGCUCAGGCUCAGCUAGAAACACCUGCUCACCUGGAAAAGCUGUUGGACUCACCUGCUCAGAGCCUGAUGAUGUCAGGUUGGUGGGAGGAGCCAGUCGCUGUGCAGGAACACUGGAGGUGAAACAUCAGGGAGACUGGAGACCAGUGAGUUACUCUGUCUGGACCCUGGAGACAGCAGCUGUUGUCUGUAGAGAGCUGGACUGUGGCUUUGCUGUUUCUGUAGGACAGAGAAAGGAGUCCUUAUUCAGACCUGUGUGGUGGAUCAGGUCUGACUGUGUUCAGUCUGGAUCUGCUCUGAGGGAGUGUGUAAGAUCAUCUUCCUCUGCCUCCAUCCUGGAUCUCACCUGCUCAGACCUGCUGCUUCAGCCCAACAUCUCUGUGUCCUCCUCCGUGAACGGGGUCUCCGACGCCCAGCAGCAGGGGUUUCAGGUGUUCAGGGGCUCCACCUUCACCAUCAGCUGCUCCAUCCAGCCACAGUACCCAGGAGGCUCCUUCCAGCUCGCCUUCACCUCCUCCAUCACAUCACACAACUACACCCAGCCAGCUGUCAAUCACUCUGCCCACUUCCUGUUUCCUGCUGCAGAGCCCGCCCACCAAGGAAGCUACAGCUGUGUUUAUCACCUCCAUGUUUUUUCUCAUGACUUCUCCUCUGAGAGCCGUCGGCUGUCUCUCACUGUCUCAGAUCCAACAGGUCUUCUCAUCAAAGUGGUCGUCCUGCCGCUGACUCUGCUGUUGGUGAUCGCUGCCCUUUGUUUCUACUAUAAGGCCAGCAGGGGGCAGAAGCCGGGCAGGCAGGAGGACAUUGAGCUGGAUUAUUAUAACGUGGGUGUUUCUGCAGCUGCAGGAAGGCCGACUGAAGAGGAAGGAGCUCAGGGAGCAGAGUAG